AGUCUCGUCCCGCAACCAUCCGCAGACCCUCACGAUCCGCUGAACUGGUCGACCAAGUGGAAAUGGAUGGCGAUGAUCUCCCAGCUUCUUGCUGCGUUCGUGUCAUGCUCGUCUGCGUUAUCGAUGAGCCCGAUGUUCCCGUACUUUGCCAAAGAGUUCGACCUCAACGACACCCAGCUUCUGCUCCUCACCGGCGUGUGUAUCCUCGCUUUUGCCUAUGCCAACUUUGUUAUCGUCCCGUGUUCGAACAUCUUUGGCCGACGCAUGACUUUCUUGGUGUUUACCGCGAUCAGCGUCGCCUCGUAUAUCUGGCAGGCUCGGGCGACAUCAUACCCCAGUUUGCUGGUAGCCCGGGUAUUGAAUGGGAUCGGGGCUGCAACCAAUGAAACCAUGCCCGUGCAGAUCAUCGCAGACAUGUUCUUCCUGCACGAGCGCGGACGCUGGAUGAUGGCCUAUUUUUCAACCACCUCCUUGGGCGCGUAUCUUGGGCCAGUCAUCUCAGGCAAUAUCACCCAACGCUUCGGCUGGCGCAGCUUCUUCUGGCUCUCCCUGGCUCUCACCUGCUUCAACUUUUUCACCAUCCUGCUCUGCUACCCGGAGACGAAAUUCCAACGAGACCAGUGGCAACUCCGCCAGGCCUGCGACCUCUCCCUCCCAUCCAAACCACCCACCCCAAAUCCCACUCACCCACCCCCCCCUCCCACCCCCCAACACAGCACCCCCUCCCGCGCCCAAUUCACCCUCUACCACCCCCCCGACCCGCACUACAAAACCCUCCUCCUCCGGGACCUCCUCACCCCCCUCCGCCUCAGCACCUACCCCAUCAUCCUCUGGACCAGCCUCACCGUCUCCGGCACCGGCAACCUCAUCCUCCUCUGGAACCUGACCGAAUCCACCAUCUUCAAUGCCCCGCCCUACAACUUCACCCCCAGCCAAGUCGGCUACAGCAACUUCUCCUUCGUGAUCGGGGUCCUCUUCGGCCUGCUCACCGCCGGCCCCCUCUCCGACCACCUCACCAUCACCCUCACAACCCGCAACCGCGGCAUCUACGAAGCCGAAAUGCGUCUCCUCGCUCUCCUCCCCUUCCUCGUCAUCCUCAUCGUCUCCGUCCUCAUCGGUGCGAUCGCCAUAGCGCGUCUCUGGCCCUGGCCUGUCAUUCUGGUCAUCGGGUACGGACUCAGUGGGUUAUUUAGUGCCGCAAUCGCGAGUAUUGUGGUGGCGUAUGCGGUGGACUGUUAUAAGCCCGUGGCGGGGGAGAUUAUGGUGGUGGUGACGGUGGUGAGGAAUACGUGUGGGUUUGGGAUGAGUUGGUGGGUGCCGCGGUUGGUGGCGAGGAGGGGGUUUUUUGUGGCGGCCAUGGUGCAGUUUGCGGUGACGGUGGGGCCGUUGGUACUUGGG